GCAAGAUACACAAAAAUGGCUGCCCCACCAGCAACCUCGCGCUCGCGCGAACCACCCCAAGGCGACGAAGAAGCAGCUGCCGAGCUCAGACUGGGAGAGUUCCAGGAUGUGGAUGCCCUGACGAAUAGUGAAGCUGCACUGGUUAUUAAUGCGCUGGUGGCGAAGAGGAGGAUGGACAAGAAGAACAUUAAUGAGACUGCCAUCCUGACCAAAACCACCGAGUACCUUGACCACUUUGCGCGCUUCAAGCGGAAAGAGAACGUCGAAGCCGUCGAGCGUCUCCUCUCUGCUCACAAGGAGCUGGCGAAGUUUGAGCGAGCACAACUCGGUUCUCUCUGCUGCGAUACAGCUGAAGAAGCAAAGACUCUGAUCCCGAGUCUCCAGGAUAAGAUCAGUGAUGAUGACCUGCAGGAGCUACUAGAUGAGAUUACGAAAUUGAUGGGCUACGGAAACUAAGAUCGGGCUAGGAUCGAUGUGAGGUACCCCUCGAAUAAGAAGAUUCGAUUAGUGUGGGCGUGAUGCUUUUUUUUUUGGCAAUACGCUUCUACGGGUCCUUUUGUUGAGCACUGCAUCGACCAGCACCCAAAUCGAUCUAUUUGUUCACGCACAGCAAGUCGAAGAACACCAAAACAAGAAAAAAUAUUGGCGUUGAGGUAGAAUGGGCAUCUUGUGGUAGGAAUCAUUUGAUUCUGGCAGGCAUUGCGAGGCGUGUAUGAAAGGGAAUGGAUUCUUCUACACAACUGGCGCACUGGGAUUCAUUUUUCUCGAGAUUGCCCCAUGUGUCUUUCUUUUCUGGUAGAUUGGUGGAUGAAAUGGGCAGGAAAUCCGAGCGAAUAUAUAGCAAAAUCGAGGAAAUUUCGAGCGGAGGAUGGCUGACUGCGUUCUUGAUUCGGUGAGUUACAGGGACAGGAACAGAUUGACAGUAGAUAGACAGGUAGGAAGAUUAUCUGAAAUGGGGAUGCAUGCCAGAUCCACUUCACCUCUCAGCCGUAGAACUUAAUGAACAAGGAACGACUUAAUCA